CAUACAAAUUUGAACUAUAUAUGCCCUAGAAUGUUUCGGGAUAGGUGUAUUACCUACCUACUCACAUAUCUGCCCGCUUCUUUCCAAAUGCCCUCCCAUUUACAUGGCUUCCGCCACUGUCUUGCGCCUCCAUCUGUAUUGGCUAUGGCUUGGUUUCAAGGUUAUGGUUCAGCUAGAGUACAACCGGCCGAAUGCUUUGUGCCACGAUUUCUCUGUAUAAUUACACUUUUAAAGGUACUUUUUAAAUAUCUAUUCAAUUUUUGUUGUCUGUUCUAGCUCCGUGCGGCAAUCAUGCCAGUCAUUUGGGUGCUUUGGUUGGUUUUCUUUUUUCUUGGACACUUUAAUUUCAAAGUAAUUUAAUACUUCAGUUUUGUUAGAGUUCAUUUAUAUUUUCAGAAAGGCGUCGUCCACUGUCCACUAUUAGAAAGGGAGGAAUAUAAAGGAACAGGGCAGGAAAAUUUUUUACUAUCAAUUUUUAGAAAAACUUGUAAAAUAGAUAAUGGUUUGAUCGAUUUAGAUAGGAAAUUUAGUAUAACAGUAUAGUACUACUUAUAAAAUUAACAAUAUCAUUGGUAUUACUCCGUAUUUACGUUGGAUAAUAUCAUGGUUUGUUUUUUUAUUUAUUACUUCAUCAUCUUAAUAUUACCUAUAAAAUUCACAAUAUAAUUGGCAUUAUUUCAAAGCAAGUUUGCCGGUUGGUCAUGAACUUUGACGAGGUUACAAACUCUACGGUUCAGAUUUGAGCGAGAUCAUAAGUUCCUAUUUGAUAAUUUCAAGUAUUACUUUGAAUAUAUUUAAAUUAUGUUUUAGGCAUAACUAGUUUGAUAUUUAACAUUGUUUGUUAGUAAUUUGUACUUGUUCUAGUUGAAUCAGCAAAUUCAGCCAAUUUUAGUAUAACCAAACAGACUCUAAAUUUUGCUACAUUUUCUGUAAAAAAAACAUUCAAUUAUUUUUAUUUUUUCUACUUUUUAUUUUCUUUUUCACUUUUUCCACAACUUUUUGAACACAAUUCAUUACAUCUAAUAUUUCCUCCUUAAAUAUUGUGCGACAAUCCUAAUGUAGUUUUCCUUAAAAUAAGAAGUGAGUAUAUUACAAUUGCAAUAUUACUUUGUAUAUUUUUGUCAGAUGAAAUUGGUUGAUAUAUUGAAUAAAAAAUCCUAGAGCUUUCUUCACAAGGAACUUAAAUACUCCCUCCGUCCCUUAUAACUUUGCCAACUUUGGAUGUCCCAUUAACUUUGCCACUAUCUCAUUUAAGUAAAGAAUUUGUGGUUCCAGUUAAUUUUCUUUCAUCUGCACAAACCUCAACCACACAGUUUUUAAUUUAUUAAUCCUCGUGCCGGUCAAACUUGACAAAGUUGUUGGGAACAGAGGGAAUAACUUUUAUGAUUUUUCUUUUAAUUUCAAUCACUAAGAAGCAUUUAAUUGCAAUCACCCUACACUCUAUUCGAAGAGAAACCGUUGUCUGGUGCUCUUUUUAAUUGAAAUUUUAAAUGGUAGUGAGUCUUUUUAUAGUGAGAUUGUGGGUAUCGUCUUAACAUGGAGGUCCUUAGGCGAGAGUACAGUAGCUAAAAUUUUUCUUGUGUACUCCGUAUAUGGAUAGAUUAGAGUCAUUAGACUACAGCUAUUAUUCAACUUUACUGGUGUGCCUGAUUAACUUUUGGAAUAGACAGUGCAUGAACAAUGGUUCUACGUAGUAAUUGGUCUGUCUCUAUUUUCUUUCAUAUUUACAUUUUUAUUCAUCCACUUCAACGUAAAUGUGACUCUUUUGAGCGGGAAAAUCACUUGGUGUUCCAUUCCCUUUUGUAUAUAGUAGGAUUUUGUAUGAGAUAUUUACAAAAAUGUGAUAUGUAGCAAUCAUUGGGUGUUGGUUGCAAUUGACAUGGCAAUGCAAACAGUGUAUUACCUGGAUUUCUAUAGGAGGAUCUCCAUCAGAAGAUUUGGAAAGAAUACUAAAUCUGUUAAGUUAAACGUUAUGUGGGUUUUUUGUGUAUUCCAAGUUUAAAACAUAAUAUCAGUUCCAACUUGCUGUAUACACUUGAAUAAAUUGACUUAGCAAGCAAAAAGUUGCAAUAGAAAAGUAUCAAUUUGUUGUAUGCCCCAUUAACCAUGUAGAACCUUGAUUAAGAAAGUGACUCUUUUGAGCCUUUUCAUUCGAUUUUGGAUAUAAAACACAUGUUCAAUGACCUAUUUGUAAGGGAAGUGAAUCAGGGUUGGCUAAUGGCUACAUGUGCUAGAUGCAAUAGUUACUCCACCUGCUGCAAAUUUCAAUAUUAGUAUGUCGCCUUUGCACUUUGCAGUUGCAUUGUUUUUAUGGUUGAUAUGAUCAACUGCCUUUACCCGUUUCAGAAAUGAUAUUUCCUAGUCUAGCAUCAUUCUCUAUUUUGCAAAGUGAGUCUCAUGCAUGAAACCUCUGUAAACUCGUGCAUCCAUUUCUCAUAGUAGCAAUCAGUGGCAGGUUAAAGUAAAUAGCACAUUCUGCAAAACUCGCAUGCUGUCCUGAUUGUUCAAUUUAAUCAGUUUACCUCUUUCCAUCCUGUGGAAUAACAUGUGAUCUCUAUUAAUCUAAUCAUACAACAUUGCUUAUUUUUUUUUAAAGGAUCUUAACCUUUAGUGUCUCUCUCUUUACUAUGAUUAAAUUCAUGUGCACUAAUCAGCAGUAACAUCUGUCUCUUUCACUAAAAGAGUAGAUCCGUGAGUCAAUAAGUUUUAUCUAUAUUUUUCAUUUUGCAUCUUUUAAUUUUAAUUCAUCUUGCAUCUUUUAAUAUUAUUUUGCAUCUUUUAAUAUUAUUUUUGUAAUAUAUGGUCUAAGUUGGAAUCUGUGAUGAUUUAUAGAUCAGCUUAUUUGUAUAUUGUAAUGAAUGAACUGGAUAUAUUGAUUUCUGAUAGGUUGCUACCUUGUAUUUUCUUUGUAAGCGGUCAGAGGGCUACCUCAUAUUUUCUCUCUUUGUUUCUACUUUUUUUCCACUUUCUGAAUUGUUUGUAGUUUGCUUUCUAAUAGCUUCAUUAAUGGAUGCAGUACUUUUAGGAAAAAAUAAUAUUGAAUCAUAUAUUGAGCAAAGAGAACUUAAUUUACUCUGCCACAAGGGACAACUUACAAAGUCAUAUAUCUAAUCUCCAAUUCUCGAAUGCAGAAGAAUGGAAUCUCAAUCAUCUCAUUCUCUUACAAAUCCAUCUAAUCACAUAGAAUCUGAAACACGGAAAGCUGCUAGUAGCAGAAAACGAGCAAGGAACAAAUCAGCAACACUUAAGCCUCAUGUUUCUCAAAGUCGAAGCAACUUUUGGAGUCAUUGUCAAAAAGGGUCAAGGACCUUGAUGGAUGGCACCGUUCAACCAAUCGGAACUUGCAAGUAUUGUCAGGCGCAGAUCCCAGCGAGUCAUGGAAGUACUAGCAAUUUGAAAAACCAUUUAGAGAAGAGGUGCAAAUCAAGUCCCUUGUACAAAGCAAGUGAAAGUGAUAAAAGUCAGCCUGUAUUGACAAAUGAGACAAUGAGACGGGUUAGUGAAUUGGUUUCUCAUACUUUCAAUAAAAAAAGGUGUGCAUUGAAGGUUACUGAAUAUGUUAUUAUCGAUGAAAUGUCAUUCCGAGCUGCUGAAGGGAAGGGCUUUGGAAGUCUUGUGCAUGAAUUGCAACCAAGAUUCAGAAUACCAGAUCAUAAGAAGUGGCAGAUAUGGUUGACGACUUAUUUUUAGUUGAGAAAGUUAAAAUAAAGUGUGAUUAGUGGGCAAAGGGCAAGUAUCACAACCGAUACAUGGACUUCCAUUCAAGACAUAAACUACAUGGUUGUCACUGCCCACUUUUGGACAAUGAUUGGAAUUGCACAAAAGAAUAAUUAACUUCACGAAAAUCACGCAUCAUAUUGGGGAAGAUAUUGGUAAGGUGGUUGAGGUUUGUCUAAGAGAGUCGGGAUAGAAAAAGUAUUUUCGAUAGUAGUUGACAAUGCUUCUUCAAAUGAUAUAGCAAUUGACUACUUGAAAAAGAGAAUGAAAAUUGAAAUUACAUUGUUAUUUGAAGGAAACUAUUUGCAUCUAAGGGGUGGAUGUCAUAUACUCAAUUUGAUUGUUAAGAAUGGUCUCAAAGAACUCAAUGCUCUAAUUGAAUCUAUACUCGAUGUUCUCUUCAUUCAUUCUUCACCAUCUAGGUUGCAUAAAUUUGGAGAGUUUGUCAUACUAGCAAAGUUAUACCAAAACAAGGUGAAUGCAACUUAUAAAAUGCUUGGAGUUGCAUUGAAAUUUAGGAAGGUGUUCGAAAAGAUGGUUGAAGAGUGGUUACCAUUUAUGAAGUACUUUCGUGAAAAAACGAAAAGGGUAAAGUACGGGUAGGACCUCCAGGUCAUGAAAAUUGGGAGAAUGCUAAAGCUUUUGUGCACUACUAAAAAAAGUUAUAUGAUGUCACCUUAGAGUUAAGUGCAUAAAAAACUCCCACCUCCCAGUUGCUUUAUCAUUCCAUGAUUGCACUACAAAUUGAGAUUGAAAAAAAGGAAAAUGACAAUUCUGACCCAAUUCUCAAGGAUGUGGAUAUUUCAAUGUUGUUAAAGUUUAAAAAGUAUUGGGGCGAUUGGAAUACUAUGAAUCCUUUAAUUUUUAUUAGCAAUAUUUUGGACCUAAGAAACAAGCUCCAGAUGGUUAAAGUAAGUAUAAGAAACUUCCAGAUACUACUACAAAGGUCCAAGAUUUUGUUAAUAAAGUUAAAAGUGACUUAGUAACUCUGUGGGCAGAAUACAAAGGCAUAAAUGAUCCAGACCAUUAAUGUUGAGCGGCAAAGUAUGCAAUUAGAGUUGGAUAGUGGAAAUGGUACUAGUAGUGCGGGUGAUGGUCUUUGAGAUGAAUUAUUUAGUGACGUUGAAGAGCAACUCCAAGAGAUUUCUAAUGAGGUAGAUAAGUACCUAAUUGAUGAGAUUGAGAAAAGAUCUAAUCAAUCUUUUAAUCUUUUAGAAUGGUGGAAAGGAAGUGAAACUAGGUACCCGAAUUUUUCAUUAAUUGCAAAAGAUAUUUUUGCAAUACCUAGUUCAACAUUUGCAAGUGAGUUUGCUCUCAGUUUAAGCAAAAGGGUUGUCAAUCCCUUUAGAAGCAUUUUAAGUCCUAAAAUAGUUGAAGCUUUGGUUUGUACGAAUGAUUGAUUCAGAGCAGAGGAUUUCAGCUUUUAUAAGGAUCCAACAGAUGAUGACCUUGACUUGUAUAAAGAGAUUGAAGAAAUUGAAAAGAAUGCAAAUGCGACUCAUGAAUGUUCUCAGACUUCCUCUCAGGCAUAGACAUGUUCCAAUUUUCAGUUGGCAGAAUAAUUGCCAUUGGGUAAAAUCAUUUGUGCAUCCAGUAAAUUACUAAAUUAUUAUGUUUUGUUGUAUAAGCAUGUUCUUCCAUUUCUGAUAUUGAUUUUAAAUGGUUUGAGUUUUUGCAUAUUGGAUCUGCAUUACUUCAAUCCCAACCAGUUUAUCAGUUGGUUUGAGAUUAUCUAUUUUAUUUUACUAAAUAGAAAAAUAUGAUUGGAGCUGAAGAAUAAUAUGGCCAGUAAGGUCUUGUGUGUUGAAUCUGCAGAUUAUUUGGUUUCAGUGUUUUUGUAUAUGGUUGUUUGCCUGAGUUUAAAGUUUAAACAGGAUGUUAAAUACUGCAUUGUAGCUGCAGAGUAAUAUGGCCAGUAAGGGCUUGUGGUUGAGGGCAGCACUCUAAAUUGGUCAGUUUUGUCCGAAAAAGAUAGAAUUGAAAAAGUAUGGAAAUUGGAAAUUUCAAAACCAGAGUAUUGAGGUUUUCAUUCAUUUUAAGUAGUCAUUUCAUAAAUAUCCCUUUAUCCCCGUAUAAUUAGUUGCUCUAUUCUAUGUUGGUCUUCACAUUAAACACGACUUGUGUGAGUUGUGUAUCAUUACGUGCCUGCUUUCUUUUAUCUUGUGAAGCAUGAACUUAUGGAACAAAUAUACUUUGUUUGCUGCAAGUCUGUAACGGAUCAAUUUGCAACAAAAAAAGUAAAUCUAUGCUUUACUGAGAAAAGUUUCAUUGAUUCUAGGAAAAAAAGGUCAAAUAAGUCCGUCUACUUUUUCGAAAUCAUCACAUAAACCUUUGAACAAAAUUAAGCAUCAUAUAGAUACACCUACUCUCUAAAAAAGAUCAAUUAACCCAAUGUGACCUGGAAUGACUUGUUGCAGCAGGUAAAGGUUUUUAUUGAACUCCUUUCAUACUCCGUACUCACUUAUGUACGUAGGGUCGUAGAUGGGAUUUUUCUUUUAUUUUUUUUUCUUUGUCUUUCAUAUACGUAUAGUAGUGGAGUAUCAAUUUUCUUUCCUUUUUUAUUUUGAAAACGUACGUGUAUUUUUUUUGUCUUGAUUUCCCUUUUCUUUCCCUUUUCUUUUCAUUUUCAUUUUUUUCUUUUUUGUUCAUUUUUUUUAGAUUUCCAUAAAUGGACAAGUGUAACUUAAAAGAAAAAGGUAAUAAAUAAAUAAAUUUGUAGGGAAGAAGCUAAUGAAUAGUAGUUUAGAAGUGAGAAAUACGUAGUACGGAGUAAUAAAGAAAAACGUGAUUUAUGAAAACAUAAGAGGAAUGGUAUUUAAUUAUUUAAAUCUUCUUUAAUACAAGUAUUUCAUAGUGCUUUUGUGAUAUUGAAAUAUAGUCUCUUAGUUGUCGGUAAAAAGUAAAAAAAAUUAGCCGGAUAAUCUAAUUUUAUACUCCCUACUUCCGUAGUAGGGCUGGACUCGGGCCGGUUCGGGCCUGGGCCCGGCCGGGCCUCGGGCCAGGAAAGGGGAGGCCCGAGCCCGAACCGCCGGUGGCCGGUUCCGGUUCCGGUUCCGGCCCAAUUAAUUUUUUUUUGUUCUCCUAUUUAAUCCCCUACCCUCCCCCUCAACCCCAAAUCAUCCCAAACCAUCUCAAAUGGCCCAAAAUACCUAAUCCAACCUAAAACUUAAAAAAAUUUCAAAAAAAAAAAAUUAAAAAAUUAAAAUCCGGCCCGUACCGGGCCCGAACCGGCCGGGCCGGUUCACCAAAAGCUGGGCCCGAGCCCGGACCGCCCAGCACCCGGGCCAGGCCAAACCGAACCGGUGGACCCACCGGGCCACGGGCCGGGCCGGGCCAAACAGUGAGCGGGCCGGUUCGGUCCCGGGUCGGGCCGCCCGGUCCGAGUCCAGCCCUACUCCGUAGAUAACAAAUGUCUACUACAGAAAAAAUGAUUCAGACAAGAUAAAAAUUGUAUAAUUUUUUUACACAUUUUCAAAAAGGUUAAGCAAAGCAAGGUUAUAGAAAAAACGUCGAUAGAAAAAAUCUAAUUUUAUAAACAACAUAUGUUUGGUACGGGCAAAAAAAAUUCAGACGAAGUUUUAUAUUGUACUAGUACUCCUUCCGUUCCAUAGAAAUAUUCUCACUUUCCCUUUUUGGACGUUUCAUAUAAAGGUUCAUAUAUAUUUCCAUUUUAAAAAACAAUUAACAAUAUUAAGUGACAAAUUAAUCAUUAAAUAUAAAAAAUAAUAUAUUUAUAACAUCAGAGUUAUAAAUGUAUUUAUUUUCUUUAUUUGACUUAUUCUAUGUUUUAUUUUUUUAAAUCCUUUUAGAAUGAUAAGGGAAAGGGUAGGACAGGAAGUUAGUUCUAAUUUGGGAAUUUUAAUUUUAAGCUCUCAAAAUUAAAGACACAAUCCGCUUUCUCUUAGAUUCAGUAAAGUAAAGACAAGGGGAGGCGAUUUUUGCAUUUUAGUGGAAGUCAAAAAAUGAAAAGAAAUACAAAAAACGAAAAGAGAAAAUAAUAGAGGAGGAAAACAAGAAUGUUAGUCAGGAGUAGGCCUGGUCUCGGGCCGGGCGGCCCGGCCCAGAAUCGGCCCGAACCGGUCACUGUUUGAACCGGCCCAAACUGCCGGCCCG